AUGGCUUUUGGAACGAAUAAGGCUCUUCAAAAAAACAAAAAGGGCAUCAAGAAGAAGAUAGUCGACCCAUUUACGCGCAAGGAGUGGUAUGAUAUCAAAGCACCAUCAUUCUUCUCCAAGCGAGUGAUUGGAAAGACACUUGUCAAUCGCACAGCUGGACAGUUCAACUCGGAGAGCUCCCUUAAGGGACGCGUUUUGGAACUCUCUCUUGGCGACCUUAAUGUAGAGAGCGAGGACCUUGCUUACCGUAAAUUCAAGCUACGUGUCGAUGAGAUCCAGGGCAAAAACUGCCUUACCAACUUUCACGGAAUGGACUUUACCCCCGACAAGAUUCGAUCAAUGGUCAAGAAAUGGAUCUCCCUGAUUGAAGGACAUAUCGAUGUCAAGACUGCCGAUGGUUAUUUUCUGCGCCUUUUCUGUAUUGCAUUUACCAAGAGACGUCCAAACCAAAUCAAAAAGACAUCGUAUGCCCAGAGCGCCCAAAUUAAGCUCAUCCGCAAGAAGAUGUUUGACAUCAUCACCAAGGAAGUCACGUCUUCCGAGCUCAAAGAGGUUGUUUCCAAGCUGAUUGCCGAAUCUAUUGGCGCUGAGAUUGAAAAGCAAUGCGCAUCCAUUUAUCCUUUGCAAAAUGUAUUUAUUCGCAAAGUAAAGAUCCUGAAAAUGCCAAAGUAUGACGUCCAGAAGCUGCUGGAGCUUCACGCCGCCGCUCCGGUGUCUGCAGCAUCUGCCUCAACUGGAGAGGAGCUUGGUAUGCAAAUCGACCGUUCUGAUGUCACCUGGGUCGAACCAGUCCCCUCUGACUCUAUCUAA